UUUGUUGGACAAGCUGGAAACGAUGGACAAGCUACGCCGCGUUCUGAGUGGAGAUGAGCCCACACCGGAGGAGGAGAGCAGCAUAAUAACACAGAUUAACGACAUGUCCACACUGAGCUGGUCCACACGCAUCAAGGCAUUUUGCAUUUGCUUUGUCUUGGGCAUCUUUCUAUCUCUGUUGGGCUCCAUUGCUCUCUUUCUGCACCGCGGCAUUGUGGUCUUUGCGGUUUUCUACACACUGGGAAACAUCAUCUCGAUGGCCAGUACUUGCUUCCUGAUGGGCCCCUUCAAGCAGGUCAAGAAAAUGUUCGCCGACACGCGCCUGAUAGCCACCAGCAUUGUGAUCGUGGCCAUCGUUAUGACAUUCAUUUCCGCCAUAGUGUUGAAAAAGGCUGGACUCACGCUUAUAUUCAUAAUCAUACAAUCGUUGGCCAUGACCUGGUAUUCCCUCUCUUACAUACCCUAUGCACGGGAUGCGGUCAAGAAGACCGUCUCGGCAUGUUUCGAGGUGUAGACAGAAUGAAACGUUCUCGCUGCGUUUCGGUAUUUGUACAUAACUCGAGAAUUUCAAAAUACGUCUCUUAAUUUAAUUAACAAAAAUCGAUUAAACAACAAUUGUAUUAAUCUAGCAUUAGCACGUAGAUAUUGAUUUUACAUUUACUUUAAUUUUCGCCCAUUCACAA